AUGUCCGAACAUGGCGACGUUGAACGAAAGAAGGUAUAUCUCAGGGAAACCAGCGAAUUCACCCAAAGCUCGGGCAGCCCGGCCAAAUUGUCGAUGUUUUCCUGGAACAGCGAUAGGACAAAGAAGAAUCGCAUUGAAAGGGAGGACCAUCGGUACCUUACGCUGAGUCAUUGCUGGGGAAAGCCCAAGAGUGUUCAAGGACAGCUUAGGUUGGAUCACACUACUGAGGAUCGUUUCAAACUAGAUGGUAUCGAGCUGCGAGAGCUGCCGAAAACUUUCCGAGACGCUAUCCUCUUCGCUUGUCGCCUGGAUAAAGUUGGAUUUAUCUGGAUCGAUUCGAUGUGCAUUAUACAGCCGACUGAGAACUACAGUAGCCGAUCAAAGGGCUCUGUUAGUGAUUGGUUGGAGCAGAGUCGACAAAUGGACCAGGUCUAUCAAAGAUCUUUUCUCAAUUUAUCCGCUACUGCUGCCACCGAUGGAGAUCGGGGCUUGUUCUUCAGCCGACGACCCGAGUAUCUCUGGGAAGACGAGAUUAACGUCAACUAUACUGGAACGAAUCUCUUCGGAUCGAAGAGAACUGAAAGUCUGGACGAAGACCAGCUGAUAAGGUGCACUAUCAUCGAUUUGUCCUUCUGGGAUGAACUCGUCGAAGAAGCACCCGUUAACCGCAGAGGCUGGGUCCUCCAAGAGCGUCUCAUGGCACCGCGAGUGUUGCACUUUUGCCACGAUCAGAUUGCCUGGGAGUGUGCAGAGUUUGAAGACGCAGAGGGUCAUCCGGAGAUGAAUCUAACACAGAGGGCUAAGCUAGGAGUCAUAGUGGAUGAGGGUCGCUUCAAAAAUCUAACCGAGAAGGCCGGGGAGGCACUACGAGACAAUCGCCUGAAGGGCCUCCCAGACCCUGAUGAGGGCAUGGUAGAUCUGCACAUAUACGAGCUGUGGAAGCAUAUUGUAGAGGUAUAUUCCAAAACGCAACUCACAGUUUCGCGCGACAAACUCAUAGCGCUUUCCGGCAUUGCAAAGCGCUUCUGUACAGACAAGAAACUAUUCACAAAACGAAACACGUAUAUUGCCGGCCUUUGGAGAAACAACUUGGAAAGCCAGCUCCUUUGGCAGACUAUGGGGCUGCAACAGUUGAUAGAAGACAUACCCGGGCUCAAGAUCAUAAGGAAGAGUCAAAGCCAGAAGAAGAGUUGA